UUUCGUAUUGGUUUACUUGUGAUUGAUUCCAUCUAACCAAUCGUUUCCGAUACGACACGCUUGCUUGUUUCGCAGUAUUGCGCUCAUUGUGGACUAGGUGCUCGCUUCUAGUACAUAUAAUGUUUCAUGACAAGUCUAAAGAGACGCGUUGCGGAUGUAAUUUGUAGUGCGAACAAAGCACUUAGUGACAAUCUGUCAGUGCAUCAUUGUUUACGGUGUGUGUUGAAGCGGAGUAGGAAUAAUUGACCCCUGACCCGGCGCAGGCCCCAGAAUGUGGAAACACCAGGAAGUUGCAGAUUGGUUCGGCACAUAACGAGGCACAGCUGCCGAGUCACGCGAUAUCGAGAGAAGAUUACACUCGUGGACCAGGAGACGGAGGCGCCCUUGAUUAACAAUUAACUAUAGGAGAUCGUAGGAAGAUUCUCUGAGGCAAAUGUUGACACAUCCGAAAAAGCUCCAGUUGUGACGCCUCGUGCAUUGUUCCGCACUCGCCGUCUUAGUUACAAUUGAUUGGCGUACAUGUACAUAUCCGGCACGCAUCAGAACCUCUUAGCCUCCCAGUAUCUGCGAGUGUGGACUAACGCAACUUACAAGAUAAUGUAAACAAAUAAUAAUAAUACAGUGAUAAAGUAACAAAUUCACGGAAUAAGUAUUUAAAAAAAUGGCGCUACUGUCGUGCAACAGAUUAAGAUUGAGGACUGACUGUCUUCGAGAGAUAACUAUAUUGACAAUACUAUGGUGGAGUUUAAGUUCAAUAUCAGUUGUAUCAGCUUCGCUCAAUAUACCAACAACUAAGAAAAUAGAUUUAGCGCCUUCGCAGAAUGAGAGCGUGGCUGAAGUACUCUUUCAUUGGGAAGACUACAGCGUGCUGGCCGCUAUGCUGAUAAUUUCCUGCCUGAUUGGUGUAUUUUACGGAUACUUCGGUGAAAAGCAGACAACGGGAGAUGAUUUCUUGCUUGGUGGCUCGUCGAUGGGCACAUUUCCAAUGGCAUUAAGUCUUGCAGCAAGUUUCAUCACAGCCAUCGAGUUGUUGGGCAACCCAGCAGAGAUGUACAUGGCAGGUGCCCAAUUCUGGAUGAUUUGUGUCGCCUUUGUACUGGUCGUGCCUAUUGCGAGCCACCUCUACCUGCCUGUGUUCAUGAGGCUGCGGCUGACAUCAUGUUACGAAUAUUUGGAAGUGAGGUUCUGCAAGUCCAUUCGUGUGUAUGCAAGUGCGUUGUAUCUAAUGCAGAUGAUACUGUAUACGGCUGUCGCGGUAUACGCGCCGGCUCUAGCCCUCUCCGAUGUUACCGGAUUGAAUACAUACUUGGCUGUGUCUCUGGUGUACGUGGUAUGCAUAUUCUACGCAACACAGGGUGGCAUGAAAGCAGUAAUCAUGACGGAUUCCUUUCAAUCGGCUGUUCUAAUCGGCUCUUUGGCAGCAGUACUAGCAAUGUCUUCGACACAAGUUGGUGGAUUCGACGUGGUCUGGGACCACGCCUGGCGCACAGAUAGACUACACUUUUUUGACAUGGAUCCCGACCCUACUGUCCGUCACUCAUUUUGGUCGGUGGUCAUAGGAGGCACCAUGUACUGGGUCAGCAUGUUCUGCGCGAACCAGGCUUCGGUACAGAAGUACUUGUCGGUGGAACGCGUGGCACAGGUUCGGGUCGCCCUGUGGGUGUCAGCCAUCGGCCUGAUCGCCGUCUACUCAGUCAAUUUCAUCACCGGCGCCGUCCUUGCUGUUCAUUACGCUGACUGUGAUCCGAUUCAGGCUGGUGUCAUCAACGCAUCUGACCGUCUUCUGCCGCUCUACGUUGUGAAGCAGCUAGGAGGCUCACGCGGAAUCCCAGGCUUCUUUGUCGCAGGAAUCUUCGCAGCCAGUCUCGGAACCGUAGCAUCGGCAUUGAACUCACUAGCUGCCAUACUAUGUCAAGAUCUUGCUACAGGACUUCUUGGAAUAACGCUGCCAGAACACAGAGGAGCAGCAAUAGCUCGCUGGGUGUGCCUCGCUUGUGGCCUGGUGUCUUUUGGACUAGUGUUCGCAGUGGAACGACUCGGACCAGUACUGCAACUAGCACUCUCCUUCAAUGGGAUGGCGGGUGGUGUCGCGCUGGGCCUAUUCACACUUGGCAUGUUCUUUCCGUGGGCUAAUGCAAAGGGAGCUGUAGCAGGCGGCGUGUUUGGCCUAGUAGUGGUGGUAGCGGCGGGCGGAGGAGCUCAGCUGGCUCAGCUUCCGAUGCCGCGUCUGCCCGCCUCUACCAGCGGCUGUGUAGCGCCCUACAACAUGACUACGCACAUGACUGUCAACCCAGAUGAAAACCACGAUGACGCAGUUUUUUGGUUGUUCCGAGUGUCAUAUCUCUGGUACUCCGGUUUAGGAUGCGCAGCUACGUUAGUGGCAGGUUUGAUCGUGUCGGUUCUGACUGGUGUCACUGACCCAGCUCAUGUACCCAUAGAUCUGAUAUCGCCGCCGAUCGUCGCACUACUCAAUUCCCUGCCUAAAAGAUUAAAGCGAGUUUUAAGAAUACCGACUCGGCUUGGAUCGGAGCGCCGUCGCAGCUCGAGUGUCCGUCCACCUGGAGUGGCUGACGACAAAGACACACGCCGUCGACGGCGCCUGUCUGAAAUGGCUGGUGGAGUGUUCUACAGCGACGCCCCUACACUCACCCGGGGCUACGACAACUUCGCUCUUGGUCUCGACCCAGAAAAGCCCCCACCAGAUGACCGCCCCAAGUCCAACAGUAUUAAAUUUGAUCCUACUUCAGAUAAUUACCCGCCUGAAACCUCGACUUGUUGAACUUUUGAAGCUACGCAAUACUGAAUAAAUCCUCGUAAUCAACUCUUCUUUUAGGCAGGUCUACCUGUAGUAUAGGCAAACAAAUAUAUUUUUUAUAUACCUAUCCACUUAUUUACUUAUAAAAAAGCUGAAAAUUAACAAUGUUUAAUUUAAGUAGGUACAGGUACCAAUAAAGUAACUGAAUAAUUAAAUUAUGUAAAAGUAGGUAGGUAGGUAGGUAUAGAUUACUAGUUAGGUAUGUUCAUAUUGUAUUGUAAUUAAAGAAAAUUAGCUUUAAAUAAUUAAAAAGAUAAUAUUUAAAAAUUAUAAGCAAUAUUUUUUUCUUGUGUUGGACACGUCCAAGCAAUCUAGUACUUACUUAUAAGUAGGUUAGGUAGGUACUGAUUAAAAAACAAAUCUUUGAAUCAUAGAACCACAACCAUCUAGUCCCGGCCUUGGUCAGAUUUCUAGGUACUUGCUUGGUAGUACUGCGUAGGUAUUAACUUACUACUGGAUUUUUUCCGUGCCUGAUACGAUAAGUAGGUAAGUAAAUAGAUACUAUGCAACGUACUUCCUUCCUAUGGGGCCGAUGAAAACGAAAAGUUUAUUUUGGCGAAUCAUCACUCAGCACAUAUUAUCAUAUUUAUCAAUGUGAUAAAUAGAUACCUAACAUGUGAAAAUAUGAUAGUUGAUCAAGGUACCAAGCAGGCAGCCACUUUUCAGGACUGAAAGAACGAUUCCCGUGUACCUAAAUAUUUCUCCACGUCACGACACGAAAGAGUAAAUAUGUAAUUAAUUACUUUGAAAAGGAAUAGUAAUUUUAAAUCACUCCGAUUACAUGCACCUAAUAACACAAAUGGUGAAGUGGGUGUACAUUGUAGGUACCGUAGCAUUACAUGACAUCGCGUGCACCCCUGCCAACCCCUUUAGGGUUGAAAAAGCGUGACGAUAAAACAUUGAUUUUUGUUGACUCAGAUUCUAAAUGAAUUGGAACUGGCGAAGUUUAAUUACGUAUCCGUUUUCUGUAUCUGACUGUUAUCACAAACAUGUUUUAUAUUUUAUCCUCGACAUGUAAAUGAUUUUAAUUAAUACAACCCAUUUGCAAGUAUACGUGUUCAUAAUGCUUGUUGCCAUAACAAUAUUAUAAUACCAAUUUAGAAUUACACAAAUUGAGUUUUCUAUCAGUACCUAGUCUCUACAUUACUUAGUUUAGUACUUAAGUGGUUUUGUAAAUAUACAUAAUAUCUAGUAAUUGACUUGACAGACAUUAAUUUAACAAUACCUACAAAUAAUUCAUGAUAUGUUUAGAAAAUGAUAAGCUGAAGAUUAUAUCAGUUAGUUUUACACAAUAUAACUCCAUGUUUAUAUAGUUUUAUAUGAAUUGAAAUAAAAUAAAAUAAAAUAA